GGUUGCGUUCGUUCUUUCUGGUCUUGUCGGUGGAUGUGAGCGGGGAGCUGCAGAGAGGGAGCCGGUCAUGAAGCGCUGCUAGAGGCGGCACGGGCAGAACGGGUGACCACAUAGCAGUGCUCGGGAUCUACGUGACAUUGGCCGCCGGCGCUGUCCCCACAAAGAGCCCGAGAUGUUGCAUCCAGGCUGCCUGCUGGCUUGUCUUCAGCUCCUCUCUGUCUGCCAAGUCGGUUUGGUAUCUGGCUAUAGACAGCAGCGAAAAAUAAUUGAAGAUAUAGAUUGGUCCUAUACAGAAAGCUUAAGCCAAACAAAUUGGGUGAAAAAAUAUCCAGCAUGCAACGGUGCCAAACAAUCUCCCAUCAACAUUGAUGAGGAUCUCACACAGCUGAAUAUGAACCUGAAGAAACUAACAUUUAAAGGCUGGGAACAAACAUCCAAUCACACUUUAAUUCGAAACACAGGAAAAACAGUGGAAAUUAAUUUAACAGGAGAAUAUUAUCUUAGCGGUGGUGCCUUAGAUACAGCUUACCGAGCUAGCAGAAUAACGUUCCACUGGGCAAAAUGCAAUGCUACGUCAGAUGGAUCAGAACACAGUUUGGAAGGCCAGAAAUUCCCUUUAGAGAUGCAAAUCUUCUGCUUUAAUGAUGACGAGUUUGAAACUUUGGCUGAUGCAAUAAAAGGAAAUGGAAAACUGAAAGCUUUAUCGAUUUUAUUUAAGAUUGGUCCAGAAAACACUAAUUAUAAUGCAAUCAUCAAUGGAGUUGAUAGUGUUCAUCGGUUUGGUAAGAAGGCUGAACUAGAACCUUUCAUUUUGCUGGACCUUCUGCCAAACUACACAGACAAAUAUUAUACGUACAAUGGAUCUCUGACAACUCCCCCAUGUUCAGAAACAGUGGAAUGGAUUGUAUUUAAGGACACGGUAACAAUUUCUGAAGCACAGCUGGAAUAUUUCUGUGAGAUCCUCACUAUGCAGCAGUCCGGGUAUGUCAUGGUGAUGGACUACUUACAGAACAACUUCAGGCAGCAGCAGACCACGUUCUCUGGACAAGUGUUCUCCUCCUAUACCGGAAUAGAGGAAAUACUGGAGCCAGUUUGUAGUUCAGAACCAGAUGACGUCCAAGCUGAAUCUCAGAACAGCACAAGCCUUUUAAUUACUUGGAAGAGGCCUCGGGUUGUUUAUGAAGCUGUUAUUGAGAGAUAUGUAGUCUAUUAUCAGCAGCUACAAGGAGAAGACCAAGCAAGACAUGAAUAUCUGACAGAUGGCUACCAGGAUUUGGGCGCUAUUUUGUAUAAUUUAAUGCCCAACACGAGUUAUGUACUUCAAGUUGUAGCACUGUGCAGCAAUGGCUUGUAUGGGAAACGCAGCGAUCAGGUGGUCCUUGACCUGACUACGGACAGCCCAGGAAAUGACCUCCUUAUUGACGUGACAGAGACUGAAGAAGAUGUGGAGGACAGCGAAGAUGAAAAUGAAAAGAUGUCUGCAAUACCACUGAGCACUGUCAGCACUCGAAAUCAAAUACAUGGGCAAGAAGUUCAAGCAACAACUUCUCAAUACAUGAAAGAGCUGAGUUCUCAGCCAUACAAACCAACACCAGAAACAUGGAAGGACCUACCACAUGGGCAGCCUGAUCGUCUAAAAAAUCUGUUGUAUCCAACUUUGCAGUCUACAGUGAAGUCAUCUGUUGUUACACCUCUUGAUGCACAUAGAGUGAACACCACUGAACAACAAGAAGAAGAAGCACAGGUCGAUAAGACUAACGAGCUGAAAAGUAAGGUUGAAUUAUGGAUACUCAAUAUCUCUGACAGCACAAGACCACCUGUUGAAAAUGAUAGUCAUACCAAUGCCAUUAAUGAUCUUCCGGUGGCCACUACAGGUUGGAAAAGAAGGAUCUUGAUGCCCACUGAGAAAUCUCGUUACAGUGAUAAUGACACCUCCUUCACUACUACAGCCACCUUUACUUCUGUGGACACUCAAGUAAAAACCACUCAGGAAGAUAACAUUUCUCCACAAUCAAGUUCCAGUGAAGAUUUAUCCCCUGGCACUGAUAAUGAUUUUGUAAACCUAGCGACCGAUGAGCCACUCGAUGUACUGAAUGCUACUUCUCAACCUGAUGUUCUUACAGAAGAGAUGAGGCGCGUGGUCAAUACGGUUAUUCCUCAUGAAAUGAUAUCAUCAUCAGCAGCUCCCAGCAGUGCAGAGCUGCUACCAUCUACUUGGCUUCCAGAAUUAGAGAAGCCCUAUGUUUCAGCAUCUACUUUCCCCCCUCUGGAAACAUUUCAUUCUGUCUCUCCAAGCCUUGAACAGCAUGGUUCUGCUUCUUCUGCGACUGAGGUACUCUCUCAGACAACCCAACCAGUAUCGAAUGGUGAGACACCUCUUCAACCCUCAUACACUAGUGAAGUUUUUACUCUAGUUACUCCUUUGUUGUCUGACACGCAGUUCCUGAACGCUACCCCUGCUUCGUCAGAUAUUGGUCAGAUCCUGCAUGCCACACCUGUAUUUCCCAGUGUUGAUGUGUCCUUUGAACCUUCCCUGUCUUCCCAUGAUGGCGUUCCUUUGCUUGCACUUUCCUCCACUUCCUCCAGUAGAAAAGUGUUUGGUCAUCAUGCAGUUUCAGAAAUGUUUUUACAAGUCACACAGACUGUUGCAACUGAUACCCUUUCUUUGCAUGUUACUUUGGCCUUGCCUGAAACCAAUGCCUUAGGUCAGCCAAGCCAAACACAUUAUUCUGAUGUAAAACCACAUCAGACUGCUCAUGCUGCUUCUGAGAUGCUAACACUUGGCCAUGAGGGUGACACCUUUAAUAAUGUUCAAUUGAUUUCUCGACUUGAAUCUUCAAGCACUGAUUUAAAGAUGCAUGCACUUUCCACGGUGUCGGAACUUGCCUAUCCUUUUUCUAAUCAUUUGGCUUCCACCGAACCUUUUGCUGUCUCGUCUGACUCAUCUGCCUAUGUGCAUGAUUCUGUUGGCAUAUUUCACCAGGGUACCUUAACCCCGAUAUCUAGCACUGAACUACAGCUUAAACCAAGUACUGUAAUGAUACCAGGGGAUGUUUUACUCCAGCCUACACACAGCUUUCAUAGUGAAGGGGAUAAUGCAGAAACAUUCUCUGGUAGUGGGGAUUUUUUGAAUGGGAUAGAUGAUUUGAACAGUCUUAAUAAGUCCUCCGCUUCUGCAAUAGCUCCAGUAAAAUACACCAUACCUGAGCUUAAGCAAAGCCAACCCAUUGCCGUAGGUCCUACAAUAGAUGACUUUGACACUGGAGCACAAACUACCUCUACUUAUGGUGAAGUAGCUUUACAUAAAGAACAUCAAGUGAUGGCAGAUAUUUCUUCAUCUGAUGUAAUAAGGGAAGCUAAAUUGUCACCAGAAAUCAGUCCAGUGUCUCUUUCCACUACUGGCAAUCUUGAAGCUGACAUUAACGCAGUGUCAGAAAAUCUGCUACCCGUCCAGCCAUUGAAUGCUGUAUCCACACCCUCUGGUGACAUAUUGCUUAAAGCUACGCUUGCUGCAGCCUCAAAAACUGUCUCUGCUUUUACUGAUAUGUUACUUUUGCCGACUCAGGAUUUCUUUUAUGAGAUACCAGAAAAAGCCAUUAAUGAAGCACUGACGCAGACUGUGUCGCACUUGCCUAAUACUAGCAUUGCUUCCGCUCUACCCGGUGUUGCGGAGUUGAAUGAGAUGUCCCGCGCCCAUGACAUAGGCUCUAACACGGGCUCUGUGCUGCUGCCUUUUAUCGGUGCUACUGCUGAGUCCUUGUUGCAUUCUACAUAUGUUCCACCUGUUGGUAAUUCUUUGUCGCCAAGUUCUGUUCAACCCGCGUAUUCCCAGCAAGCAAUGUCAGUGUUGCAUGAGAAUGUUGUUGCACCUCGUUUGUUGUCUAAUGUAAAUUCGGAUGCAAAUUUAUCACAGUCAGAUGGGAAUGACACAACUGUUCCGCCUUUAGAUAUUGUACCUGCCUAUGAUUUUGCAAUUUCUCAGCCAGCUUCUACGCCAUUGUUGCCUUCCAGUCUGUUACCACAAGACACUACCUUGUACAUCCAUACACCACCAUAUGCUUAUCCUGCGCAUGGCAUUCCUGUUGUGUCUUCACAAUAUACUAAAGGCAGCGUGUUACCCACCUCUGCUGUUGAAAGAAAAGCUAAAGAGUCUGUUCAUCCUCCUGUAAUUUUACCAAAUGUGUAUGUUUCUAUUACAGCUGAUUCUCCAGACAGUGAGAGUCCUAGCACAUUAUCAAUGUUAACAGCUACGCCUCAAACAACAACUGAUGUGUUUUCUACUGUCAGCAUUUAUACCAAAACGGGCCCUUCUGUAGUGGAUGAUGGCGAUCUUUUAGCUAGAACAGAUUCCACGCCACCUACAGAACCCCAAGAGAAUGCAGUAGCCGAUACUAGUAGUUAUGUCUACAGCGAGAUGGAGAAGAGUCAUUUCAGUGUAAUGGAAACCACUGAGCAGCCUGAAGAAGGAAGCAUGUUCUCAACAGUGGCAUCAUCUGACAGCCCAACAAGCCAUGACAUGGAAGAAACGAGCCAUUCAACACCUCCAGGUACUGACCUGAAGAAGCACAGCGACCCAGCUGUUCUGGAAACACACAUUCAGACUGAUAAUGCUGCCUUGGAAAAUACAUCCGAGUCAAGUUCUUGGGCAGUACUGACUGGUGAUGAAGAAAGUGGUUCAGGUCAAAGUACCCCAGAUAGUCUUAGUGAUAACGAGACCUCUACAGAUUUCAAUUUUUCAGACCUUAAUGACAGAGACAAAGACUUUGAGGUUGCAGUUGAACCAGGUAAAGCAGAUUUAACUCCUGGAUCUGAAAUGACAUCAGCACCGUCUAUAACUGUCGAUCGUUCAACAGUAGUCAACGAGACUGAGGCAGAGUUUUCUAAUCAAGAGGCAAGUAAUAGUAGCCAUGAGUCUCGUGUUGGUCUAGCAGAAGGUCUGGAGUCAAAGGAGAAGACAAUUAUACCAUUAGUGGUCGUGUCAUCCCUGACCUUUAUCUGUCUUGUGGUUCUUGUGGGUAUUCUUAUAUACUGGCGGAAAUGCUUUCAAACUGCACAUUUUUACUUGGAGGAUAGUACAUCACCAAGAGUCAUUUCCGCUCCUCCUGCACCAUUGUUUCCAGUUUCAGAUGAUGUUGAAGCAAUACCUUUGAAGCAGUUUGCUAAACAUACUGCAGAUCUACAUGCAAGCAGUGGGUUCAAUGAAGAGUUUGAGGAGGUUCAGAACUGUACUUCGGAUUUAGGCAUAACAUGUGAUAGCUCAAACCACCCGGACAACAAGAAUAAGAACAGAUACAUAAACAUUGUUGCCUAUGAUCACAGCAGAGUUAAACUUUCACAAGUGGGAGAAAAGGAUGGAAAGCCAACUGAUUACAUUAAUGCAAAUUAUGUCGAUGGUUACAAAAAGCCUAAAGCCUACAUUGCUGCUCAAGGGCCUCUGAAAUCAACUGCAGAAGAUUUUUGGAGAAUGAUAUGGGAGCAUAAUGUAGAAGUUCUUGUCAUGAUAACUAAUCUGGUUGAGAAGGGAAGAAGGAAGUGUGACCAGUAUUGGCCAACUGACGGCAGUGAAGAAUAUGGCACUUUUUUGGUUACUCAGAAAAACACUUGUGUCCUGGCUUAUUAUACCGUGAGAACAUUUACACUACAGAACAUCAAGAUUAAGAAGGGCUCCCAGAAAGGAAGACAGAAUGAGCGGCUGAUAACUCAGUACCAUUAUACGCAAUGGCCUGAUAUGGGUGUACCUGAAUAUUCUCUCCCUGUUCUGACUUUUGUAAGAAAGGCCGCCAGUGCAAAGCAUACCUCCAGUGGACCAGUUGUUGUACAUUGCAGUGCGGGUGUUGGAAGAACUGGAACAUACAUUGUUCUGGAUAGCAUGCUGCAGCAAAUUAGACAAGAAGGCACUGUAAACAUUUUUGGCUUCUUAAAACAUAUCCGAACUCAGAGAAAUUAUUUGGUACAAACCGAGGAACAGUACAUCUUCAUUCAUGAUGCUCUGGUUGGCAUUCUGAGCAGAGAAACUGAAGUAGCAGAGAGUCAUAUUCAUGCAUAUGUUAAUGCUCUCCUAACAACGGGCCCAUCUGGAAAAAAACGAACUGGAACACCGUUCAAGUUACUAAGUGAACCCAAUAUCCUCCAGUGUGACUACUCAACAGCAUUAAAGCCACACAACAGGGAUAAAAACAGAACCUCAUCCAUUAUUCCAGUUGAACGAUCAAGAGUAGGCCUUUCUUCACUGGGAGGAGAAGGAACUGAUUAUAUUAAUGCAUCCUACAUACGGUAGGGCUACCAUGAAAGUAAUGAAUUCAUUAUAACACAGCACCCGCUGUUACACACUAUAAAAGAUUUCUGGAGGAUGAUCUGGGACCACAAUUCUCAGAUAAUUGUAAUGCUUCCUGAUAACCAGAUCAUGGCUGAGGAUGAAUUUGUCUAUUGGCCAAACAGAGAUGAACCAAUAAUCUGUGAAACUUUUACUGUAUCUUUGGCUGGAGAAGAACAUGUUUGUCUUUCUAAUGAGGAGAAACUCAUUAUCCAAGAUUUUAUGUUAGAAGCUACACAGGAUGAUUAUGUUCUGGAAGUGAAACAUUUUCAUUGUCCAAAGUGGCCAAAUCCUGACAGUCGAAUAAGUAAGACAUUUGAGCUUGUAAAUCUGAUCAAGGAAGAAGCAGCUAACAAAGAUGGACCUGUUGUUGUCCAUGAUGAGUAUGGAGGAGUAACAGCUGGAACAUUCUGUGCUCUGUCUACUCUGACGCAACAACUAGAGAAUGAAAACUCUGUAGAUGUUUAUCAGGUUUCCAAGAUGAUCAAUCUGAUGCGACCAGGGAUUUUCACAGACCUAGAGCAGUAUCAAUUUUUAUAUAAGGCUAUUCUGAGUCUGGUGAGCACAAGGCAGGAGGGACAGGUGGCAAGUAUGGAGAGUAAUGGAUCUGCUGUACCAGAUGGGAACACAUCAGAAAGCCUGGAGUCCUAGUUUAAUUAUGGGAAACAUCGGCCUGCUCAUCAUGUACUUGACUGAAACUUCUUCCAGCAUCUAUUUUUGUACUGACUUUUGCUUACUAUUAACAAUUAAUAAUGUGUGCCUUGGGGAAGAUUUUGUAAUCCAUAAUUCAUGUAAUCUCAUGAUUAAUUGGACCAGUCAUGGCAGUGUUUUAUAAAUGGAGAUGUCAAUAUUUACUCAGUAUAGUUUACUACUAGCACAUUUUAAUCUUUCGACUCUUGAUAUUUAUAGCUGCGUACUUUUCAGGCUCCGUUAUGUACUGUUAGUAUGUGGAAUGCUUACAUGUAGUCGUUUAUAGUCUUAAUAUUGAAUUGUAAAUAGUACAUCAUUUCAAGGAAGAAACUAUGCGUAGCUAAGGAAGUAAUAACCUAACAUUUAAUGUAAAUACUGUUUGUGACUUCAUGGACCAAAUUUAUAUUUAUAAUUGUAGAUUUUUAUAUUUGAUCGCAGAGUCCGUUUUUUAGCUAUUUGUAUUUGCAUUGUCACAUUGAUUACUCAGUUUUUAUUGUAACUAGGUGGUUCUGACCUGUUUAUGCAACACACAUCUUUAAUGAUAUAAUUACUGCUACUUUGCAUGGAAUGUUAAAACUAUUACAGUAUAG